GUUGCGGACAAACUGAACAUCUAGAGACACGGAAAGGUGCUUUUCAUUUAAAACCAACUGAAGCCACGUGCACAAAAACCCUCGCUCCAACUGGACCUUAAAAAACAAGAAUUAGACCAAGCUCAGACACUUUCACUUUUCCUGAAAUACCGUGUGACUUGAAGGAAGGGCUUCUUUUGACGUGUGUCUGUAUUGAGUCCUCAAGAGAACUUUCAGAGCUCUUUUGGCAUUCAGGAACUGAACAGGUUCACGCAGACGCUUCAGCGCUGAGUGAUCUUCAAAACUUUCCAUGAACACUUCUGUGGAGAAAGACUGCCUUCCUGUAAGGGAACGGCAGAACAGCAAAGACGACAUCUACCUAACUAAACACAAGUCCCAAGCAGACAAGCUUAUUCAGUCUGGAGAGAGCAACCUGCUUAACUCAGAUCCAACCCUCAAAAGCAUGGACAACAUAUUUCCCAAUCUGACCAUUGUUUCAACUGGAAACUCUGCGGCUGUUCGCUUCGGACCCCAAAACAUUCUUCUCGGGGAAAAACAACCAAAUAUCGGAAAAGCGGAAACAUCCGGGAUCGUUGCCGAACAAAAGGAGAUAGCAGAACUUGAUGUGUCUGUGAUCAAUAUGAUCGGCUUACACGAGGCUGAGCUUUACUUGGACUCUCUUAAUAAUCUCAUCGGUCAAGUGCUGAAUGAAAACGAAAUCCACGCCUUUGUCUUUGUUAUGCGGCUGGGUCCGCUCACGGACGCUGAUAAGAUGGGCCUCGAAUGGCUUCAGAGAGUGUUUGGUGAUGAAGUUCUUCAGUUUGUGAUGGUCCUCUUCACCUAUGAGAGCGAAGAGGAGCGCGGCGCUAUAAAUGACUAUCUGAAGAGAAACCCCGACCUGCGGCAGCUGCUGGAGAGAUGUGGAGGAAGAUAUCACACCUGCAAUGAGAAGAUGAACGACCAAUCAGAGAUGAGCAAAUUGAUAAAAAAAAUUAAGCAACUGUUUAAUAAGAAACAAUACACUGCCGUUUUAAAAGACACAGAAACUCAACAAAAGUCUGAAUGUGAAAGUGAAAACAAACCCAUAAUCAAGAAAGAAAAACAGGAAGAUGCUCCAACAUCAAAGAUUAGAGUACAACACAGGGGAAUAAACACAGAUUUGGUAACAAAAGCCGGAUCAGAUGAAUUCCUACAACAAGAAACAGGAAAAAUGGGUCUUCUUUUACAGAGACUUCAUCUUGAAGACAAGCACCACAAUAAACUGAGAACUACAGAUGUUCUUCAGAUAACCAAACAUUCAUUGCAAUCUCAUGAGUCUUGUGAUGAAAAAGAGCUGGUUCAGACUUUCAUGCAAAAAUUACUGAUGAUAAACUACAGGGCAAGAUAUAUUAAUGUUAAGGCUAAUAAACAGCAUCAUGCACAGCAAAGACAUAAUGAAUCUGAAGUUGAGGGUGAUGUUUUUGAUGAUGUUUUAAAACAUAUAUCUUUAUCUAACAAAGGAACAAGUCAAUCUGAUUUCAUUCACCCCAUGGAUGUUCAGAUGGCCGUGUUUCAUUGUGCUGAUAGUUUCCUGAAGCAGCUGAUGGUGACUAAACUGUCUCAGUGUCAGUAUGCCCUGCCUCUGUUUGUUCCUGAUCCAUUCACACAACAGAUUGAGUUUCCUCUCUGGACCUUCAGACAAAUCAACAAAAGCUGGAAGAUGAGAAAAACCAACAAUGAGACCAUCAGUCAAAUCCAGCCAAUAUACAAGGCGGAAACUCCCAUGGUGUUUUUCUUCAGGUUUGGCUCUGUGUCUUCAUCCAAGUCUCAGCUGCUGAACAGUCUGAUCAAUGAGAAACACAACACAUUCUUCCACAGGAACUGUUCAGGCAGCAGCAAAACCAGAGUCCUGAUGGAUGGAGUGGUGGAGAUCACCUGGUACUGCCCUUCAGGGUCACAUGAUGAUAAAUUCAAUGACUGUGUAGCGUUCUGUAAUCUACACGGUGAUGCAGGAGACCAUGAGAAACAGCUGCAGAUCCUCACUGAAAUGAGCUCAGUUAAUGUUGUUCUUCUACCACAACAGGACAGGAACGACAAAAAUGCAGCAAAGAUACAAAACCUGUACAAGGACAGAAAACCACUCAUUUUCCUUUUAACGGAAGAUGAAUCUGAAGUGAAUAAAAUAAGAACAGGGAAAUUAAAAAUUGGUUUAAAAGACAGAAGUCAGGCAGAUGUAUCUGGAGAACUUGGAAAAGCUAUAAAAGAUUGUCUCUCAGAAUCAUCUUCCAUUUUCAGACUUGAAGAUAUGUCCAAACACUCAGACAUCAGAGUAGAUGAGAAAGAAGAUGAUGACUGCAGGAGAGGAAGAGAAGCAGCACAACAGAUAAUCAAUUGUUUGGAAAAGAAAAGUCUGAUAGAAAUCAAAGAAUUAUUUCUGCCUCAUCAGGGACAACUGUGGCAUCAGUGGAGUCAGAAGAACAAAGAACUACAUCGACCUCGAGGAGAUGAGAUAGAAAUGGACAUUAGUAGAAAACAAACAGACUUAAAGAAAAUCCGUGAAUUGCAGCAUGUAUCUGACAUCAGUGAGUUCAUUAAAUUAUUCAUUAAUAAAAUUCACUCAAAUACUGCAAAUAAAAAUAUAUAUUUCCUGAAAUGGCUUGAAAUAUUCCUGGAUGAAUAUAUAUUUGAUGACCUUUCUGCUAUACAUAACAAAUAUGAAAAGUGGUCAACAAUUGGAAGACUGAAAGAAAAUUAUGAUAAAUCUGAGCAAAUGGUAACUGAACAAGCUGAACUUGAGAGAAUAUCUGAGGAACUUCAAGCUUCAUCCUUUGGUUUGGAGCACAUCAUGAGGGAGAUUGGUCAGAUCUAUGAAUCGUGUUCAUCUGUGAAGGAGAACAAGAAAGACCUGCAGGUUCACUUCUCUUCUCUCCCGGGUCUUGCAGCAGAGAUGAUGAUCUCUGGAUCUCCACUGGAGCUGAUGGAUGGAGAUGCUGCUCAUGUUCCUGUGAUCUGGAUCUCUGCUGUUCUAGAUCAACUCGUCCAGAAAUUGGGAGACCAGAGAGUCUUUGUGCUGUCAGUUUUAGGGAUCCAGAGCUCUGGAAAAUCCACCAUGCUGAAUGCCAUGUUUGGACUCCAGUUUGCUGUCAGUGCAGGCAGAUGCACAAGAGGAGCUUUCAUGCAGCUGGUCAGAGUCUCAGACGAGAUGAAAACACAGAUGGAUGUUGACUAUAUUCUGGUUGUUGAUACCGAGGGUCUAAAUGCUCUAGAACUGGCUGGAAGAUCAUCUAUAGAUCAUGACAAUGAACUGGCCACAUUUGUUGUUGGUCUUGCAAAUUUGACUCUGAUCAACAUUUUUGGAGAAAACCCGGCUGAGAUGCAGGACAUUCUUCAGAUUGUUGUUCAGGCCUUCAUAAGGAUGAAGAAGGUCAGAUUAAAUCCCAGCUGUGUGUUUGUGCAUCAGAACGUCUCAGACAUUGCAGCUGAAGAAAAAACAAAAGAGGGAAGGAGAAAACUGCAGGAGAAACUGGAUGAGAUGACAAAACUCGCUGCUGAAGAGGAAGUCUAUGAUGCAGAAUAUUUCAAUGACAUCAUUGCAUUUGAUGCACAGAAUGAUGUGAAGUAUUUUCCUCAUCUUUGGGAGGGAAACCCACCAAUGGCACCACCAAACCCAAAGUACUGUGAGAACAUUCAAGAACUAAAGAAAGCUAUUAUGUCUCAUGCAAGAAGAUAUGAUAAAAUGAUGCUGACAGAUUUAAAGACCUGUAUUAAAGAUCUCUGGGGAGCUUUACUAAAGGAACGCUUCAUCUUCAGCUUCAGAAAUUCUCUGGAGAUUUCACUUUACAGAAAACUAGAGACCGAAUACGGCAAGUGGUCCUGGAGUCUUCGUAGUGCCAUGAUGGAAACUGAGAACAAACUACACAACAAAAUAGAAAAUGAAGCAAUUCAUGAGAUUGAAGAAACUGCUCUUCACAGAGAAAUGAAGAAGACGACUGAAGAAGUGGAAAAAUCAAUGACAGAAUUCUUUGACAAAGACAAAAACAAUACUAUACUGAUUCACUGGAAAACAUCAUUUGAAAUCAAAAUCAAAGAUGUUCGGGAAAAUAUUGUAAGAGAAACAAAGAGAAAAUUAAAUGAGAUUCUUCAACAGCGUGACUUAAAGAAAAAGAUUGAUGCCCAGAGAAUAAAUCAUGAAAACACUCUCUAUGAAAAGAGCAAAGAACUUGCCUUAAAAUUUAAAGACAAAGCAAAUGAUAAAGAAACUCUAAAAAAAGAGUUUGAUUUGUACUGGGAACAGUGUGUAAAAAAGAUCAUCACAGACACUCCUCAAAUGAAAAACAUUGACAUACUGAUGGAUGUAAAACGGCUUCUUAAUGACACGAAUCAAGGAUACCUCCCAUUAGACCACAGAAAAGAAGGCAUUGAAGAUAGUAUGUUCAAUGUGUCAAGGUUUUCUAAAUAUUGUAUUAUCAAAAGAUCUACAAAAAAAGUAAUAAGCAACGCUAUGAUGGAUGCUAGCCAAACAGUAAAUGCAGAGGAUGAAGACAAAUUAAGAUCAUUAGUCUCUCACAUUGUUCAGCAAACAGACAGAAUGAUUCAGUCAUUUAACAUUUCAAAGAUGGGCUACAACAUCAGCUGCAUUCAACAACUUACAGAUUACAUAAAGAAGAGUGUUAAAGAACAUCAGCAACGGCAAGUAAAAUAUGUGUUCAAGAAUGAAUUCCUUAUGGAUUUGAUUCUUUUAAUCUCUAACAGAGCAAACAGUAUGAUCACUGACCAACACAGACUGUUCAGAGAGGCCAAUGAUCCAGUUUUCUAUUUGAAGAGAAAGAGGGAAGAGUACUACAGUAUUUUCCAGAAAUACUGUCAAGGAGCUGCAUCAGCUGCCAUUUUUGGAGCAAUCAUCUGUCAGAAACUGAAAGAGCCCAUUGAGCAGAGCGUCUACAAGAAGACUGCCAGAGAUCUGACAGGUGAAAUAAGAUCAAACUGUGAAUCACUGAAUGGAAACAGAUCAAAUCUGGAGAAACACAUCUUAAAGACAUUGGCAGAAGAGGAGAACUUUGACAAUUACAUCAACUAUAUUCAUAAUCCCAGAGAUCACUUCAAGAGUUUCAUCAGAGAUGAAGCCAAUCGCUACAUCAAUGAUAAGUUCAGUGUCAGUGUUUUACCCAAGAUGAAGGAGAACAUUAAACUCCUGCAGCAGAAGAUUUUGGAGGCAGCUCAUGAAGCUACUGAACAUGUUAAACUGAAGAGAGGAGAUGUUGGUUUGUGGUUGAAGAGUUUCACACAGCAGCUCUCAGACGAGCUGAUCUUCUCUGAAAAAGACCUCAGUGGAGUCAAACAUGAUGAUGUUGAUGAUUUCAGCCUCCUAGAAGAUGUGAUAAGACAGGAACUUCCUGCUAUGCUGUCUGACACCAGUAACAUAUUCAACACAAAUACCUUUCCAUUAAAGCUGGACCAUAAAUUCAGGCCAGAUGAGCUUCUGAUUGAUCACUUCUGUCAGUGCUGUUGGAUUCAGUGUCCGUUCUGUAAAGCCAUCUGCACCAACACCAUAGAAAACCAUGAUGGAGAUCACAGUGUUUCCUUUCAUCGUGUUAUAGGACUAAAUGGAAUACAUUACUUUAAAACUGAAAACCUGUCUGCCCAUAUCUGCACAUCAGCAAUAGCAAACAGUGCUCUACAUUUUUAUCCCAAUGAUUCUCAAAAAGUCCUCUGGAGAGAUUACAGAACAGCAGGAGAAGAUUAUGCAAAGUGGAGCAUCACUCCUGAUCUGUCUGAACUGCCCUACUGGAAGUGGUUUGUGUGUCACUUUCAGAAAGAUCUGGAAAACAAAUACUGUAAAACAUUUAAGGGACAGGGCAAGAUCCCAGAUAAAUGGAAAAAUUACACUAAGCAGGAUGCCUUAGAGAGUUUGGAUAAAUACAUAUAAUUGAUCUACUUCUAAUCUGCUGCACAUUCUAGUAUGUAUAACAUUACUUACUUUAUAAGAAUAUAGGUUUGAACUAGUUGAACUAAUUUGAUUUAUGAGCAAACAAAGUUAGUUUAGUCAUUUUAAUGAAGUACCUCUCAGUGCCGUCAUAGCAUGUAUGUGUAGCGUAUCAAAGCGCAUCAGAAUUGAAGGAAGGAGAUUGUCAGGAAGUAAACAAGAUUAACGGUCAUAGACAAGGCACACCAUCAUCAUCAUCACAUGUAAACUCAAGAUAGUAAUCAUGAUUCCAAAUUCUUGGGACGGAACUUUUCUACAUAUGCAAUAAAAUCAUCUUAAAAGGACACUGAGCAACUAAUCACUGAUAUUAAUAACAGCAUAAAAUAUACUGUAUGUAACCCAUACAUUUGACUAUCAUGUGCUAAUCACUUAUUGUGUAUGUAUUUUCAAUAGCUACUAAAUAGCUUAUAGUUUUAUAUCCAUGUUUAGUACGUGUGUGUUUAAAUGUAAUCAAAUGUAUCAUAUUCUUGUUAUAAAAAUCAUGUCCAAAAUUAUACUCUGCAAGAGCGGGGAAAUUCAGACCACGUGACUAAUGAGAUUACACUCGCGAUUUAUUAUCCAUACCCCGAGCAAGGACAAUAUUUAUUGGCUAUAACUAGUUUCGGGGAUGUGUCCAAAAGGUUUAAAGAGUUUAAAAAACAUGAUUCUGAUUUUGCUCUUAGUCUGGUUAUUUAACUAUGCUUUUAGCUAUGCUCUUAGACUGGUCAUGCUUUUUGCCAUCACUUUUUGAGUGACGUUCCAGCUUUCUCCAGCCUGCACGUUCACUGCUGCCUGCCCAGCUUUACAACUUCUUUAACUAACAAAGUAACCAAGAACGUCCCAGAUACAUGCUCUAUUUGUAUAUAUUAGUAAUUUCAUGAUUAUUGGCAACUUAACCAUGACUUUCUAUGCACGUAAUUCCAUUUCCAUCCCAUUACCAACUCACAAUGCUGUAGGUACGUCCUCCUAAAGUAACAAGAAACCAAAGAACGUCCCAGAUGCAUUCUCUAUUCGUAAUUCGUAAUAAGCCAUUUCAUGACUUACCUGCAACAUAACCAGGACGUAGUAUGCUCGUAAUUUUAUAUACUCUCUGAUUACCAGAAUACCAGGUUGAUCAAAUCAAAGUUUCUGAACUCUGGAAAGACACCAAAAGCUUUUUUUUUUGAAUAUCAUUGUUUUUAAAAUAGUAAUGGUUAGUUACCAUGACAACUGGCAAACUUCAGCUGCUGAAGAAGACAUUGUCUGACAUUUUUUUACUGUUUUUUUUUCAGUUAUACCAGAAAAUAUCAUCAUCUACAGUCUACUUUAAGUACUUUUUACCUCUGUGAUUAUGGUAUUAUUAUUUAAAAAUGUCUGCUUGCAAAGUUUACACUAGCAUAUCUGUUUAUGAUAAUGGUGCGGAGCAUGGGACAUCUUUAAUACUUUUUUCAUAUUUCCCUGUAUUUCCUGUGUUUUUAUUAAUAAUAUGAGAAUGUUUUAAAAAUCAUAUUUGUGUGUUGUUCAAAAGAAAUAAACUGAAUUCAUUUUGAGUCUGUGUUUAUCAUUCACGGCUGUUGGAACACCUUUAGUUUGGGCAUGUGAGGACAAACAACUCAAUUAGUACAAAACUUUUCAUCCAUGACGUCGCUGUUACAAACUGGCGUAUCCAGGAAUUUCACUUUUCUGGUUGUCACAAGUAAGUUAAGUUGUGGCGACAUACCUUUGCUCACCAGAUAAUGUUGCAGAUAUGUAACAGUUAAGGAAUUUUGUUAGCUGGGUAGCCACGAUGAGAAGAAAACCCAUCUAGUCUUGUUACUUUGAUUUUCUUUCGUUUCUUUUCAUUGUGUAUGAGGUUCAUGUAAGUUAGGUUUUGCCCGCUCUGUUUCCAAGUUCAACUCUGACUAUGCUCACUUUAAAACUAACCAGCCCGCUAUUACGCAGUCUUCAGCCAACGUCCAAACCAAGAGCUUCCCAAGACUUCAACGACCACUGACCUUCCAGCCAAUCAGCAACCUUGGGAAACCCCUUUCUGCUAUGACGACAACAAAGGCAACACAAGUACAAAUCUCUAGAUUCAUGCUGAACUUGUGAAUGUAAAAUUAAUUUUAACCUCACUGAGGAAUUUUUUAGGAACGCUGAGGAAGUUUUCUUUACAAAGUGAUAUUGCCAACUGCUGGCCUGGCAGCAUGAUCAAAUGUUUUAGUAAUUUUCUUGGGUGCGUUGUUUUGAAAUUGUUUUGUUGUAUUGUCUUUAUAUUGCUGAUAAAGUUAAUGCAAUAGCCUUCUUCUGUGUACUGCUUUCUAGUUGUAGUCUUUGUUAUUUUUGGCAAACAGGGUAAAAGCUGCAUUUAGAUCUGCACCUCCUUGCCUGAUUCCACCAUAACAUCUUGCAGAAAUUAGUCCAGGGUUCUCAGUUAUAAAAAUGUGCGUGCGCUCGCUGAUGAUUAGGGAUAAUUCAUCUGUUACUAACAAUAAUUAGGAGUCGUUUACAAGGCAGAGAGCGCAAACCUUUAAUUUGUGCACAAGUUCAAGAUAAUUUGUGAUUCAUAGAUUUCACAUCUGAAAGAAUCACAUACGCACAAUUUUUGUUCCUACAUUCAUCCUAAGAGUUGCACAUACACAUAUCAGACAAAUGAUCGUAAGAUCAAAUGUAGGAUGGUUUCUGCGUAACAUUUUAUAAAUGAGGGCCCAGGAGUUCCUACUACGGUAUAUAAAGACAUACAGUAAAAACAAUUUCUUAAAAUUUACGGAAAAAAAACCAGCAGCUUUGGUAGCCAGAAUUCAACCAGAAAAAAUGCGGUAACAACAUUUUAUGUUAAAUUUACAGUUAAAUACCUGCCACCAAGCCAGCAGAGGGAGCCCUUGCCUCCGGAUGAUCUGUGUUCACUUCCUCUGCUGCUACUUCCUGUUAAAGGACUAUAAAUACUGAAGCAGGCCUCUCACCUGCAGGUUGUAUUGUUAGAUUGUUGUUUCUAGUUUCCCUUGUGUUUCCCGAGUCUUAGAUUCGUUGGUUUUGACCCUGCCUGUCCUCUGGUACUCUGAUUGUUUGCUGCCUGACCUGACCUCUGGCUGUUUUUUGGAUUUUGUUGUUGCCUUGCCUCUUAUACUCCUGUUUGCUGUG